ACUCGUAGCUCCGGUCGCUGGCGCAUCAGUCAGUUUCUGAUUGUUUCAAGAAUUCACAGAAACAGAGAAAAAUGAAGAGCAUCAUCGCGAUCGUGUUAGCCGUAGCGAUGCUAUCGGAGGCUAAAGUUGUGCCGACCAACACUGCCACCACCAAUUCCCAAGGAUCCCCCGAAGUUCAGCUGAACGAACUGAUUACCCAGGCUCAAACGAAUAUCAACAAUAUGGCCAAACAAAUCCAGGAACGAUUGAAUUUGCCCGAUCAAGAGACUCUCGUGAAAACUGUCAAGGAGCAAACAACCGACUUCGUAACCAAUGUCCAAACAUACAUGAACAACAUUACCGAAGAGGUGAAAACCAAAAGUCCCGAAUUGGAAAGGAUGUGGAACGACGUAAAGGGCAAAUUGAGCAAAGUCGUCGACGACAUCAGUAGCGGAAUUCCGAACGCUCAGCAACAGGUAGCCGAUUUGCAAGCGAAAUUUCAGCAAGGAGUUCAAACAAUGCUCAAGGAAUCCGAUAACGCCGCAAAAUCUUUGAGUCAACACUCCGAAAAGGUCCAGGAGGAUCUUGCAAAGUUUACGAAACAGGCGAUCGACAUUGCAGUACAGGCAACGCAGAACUUGAACAACCAACUCCAACAAGCCGCUGCGGCUCCGAAAAACUGAGCGAAUUUCCGUUAGAUCUUUCGUUGCCCUCGAGAGUAUUUACCUCGAACGCCCUUCUAAUGUUCGAAUUUCUGACAACAUAACAGAAAACGGAGGGAGCACCUCGAUUGUCAUGUGGACAUAUGUGGUUGCUGCUUUAAAAUCAACGUGUAUUCUCUUGCGAUUCCUACGAAAACGUUUUUUUCGUCGCUUACACUUUAUUAUACAUACAUACAUACAUACAUAUAAUACCUUUUUGCAAAUCGCAUAUUAUAUUUAUAAA